UAAAAUCAUGGAUUAAUGGUCAUCCAGCAUCUCUCUCUCUCAUCUCUCGCCCCUCACGCGUGUCUUUCUCAGCUACCCCAGGAGACAGUGGUGGACUUCUAUAAGAGCAUGACUCUGUUCAACACCAUGGACAGAAUCCUCUACGAGUCCCAGAGACAGGGUCGGAUCACAUUCUAUGCGACCAACUUUGGGGAGGAGGGUACACACAUUGGCAGCGUGGCAGCUCUGGACCCCACUGAUCUGGUUUUCGGCCAGUACAGAGAAGCAGGGGUCCUGCUCUAUCGGGGGUUCCCCCUGGACCUGUUCAUGGCCCAGUGCUACUCCAACGCAGACGACCUGGGGAAGGGUCGACAGAUGCCCGUCCACUACGGCAGCAAGGACCUCAACUUCGUCACCAUCUCCUCCACCCUGGCCACGCAGAUUCCACAGGCGGUCGGCGCCGCGUACGCGAUCAAGCGGGCGAGCUCGGAUCGCGCGGUCAUCUGCUACUUCGGCGAGGGGGCCGCCAGCGAGGGCGACGCCCACGCCGGCCUGCACUUCUCCGCCACCCUGGACUGCCCCAUCAUCUUCUUCUGCCGCAACAACGGCUACGCCAUCUCCACCCCCACCAGCGAGCAGUACCGUGGCGACGGCAUCGCGGGACGCGGCGCGGGUUACGGCAUCGCGUCGAUCCGCGUGGACGGCAACGACGUGUUCGCCGUCUACAACGUCACCAAGGAGGCCCGUCGCCGCGCCGUCGCAGAGAACCGCCCCUUCCUCAUCGAGGCCAUGACCUACAGAGUGGGCCACCACAGCACCAGCGACGACAGCUCGACCUACCGCUCGCUGGACGAGGUCAGCUACUGGGAGAAGCAGGAUCACCCGAUUGGUCGGCUGGGGCGGUACCUGGCCACGCGCGGCUGGUGGGGCGAGGAGGAGGAGCAGGCGUGGAGGAAGGAGGCGCAGCGCCGGGUCAUGGAGGCGCUCCAGAAGGCCGAGGGGAGGCCCAAGCCCCACCCCGACCUGCUCUUCACCGACGUGUACCAGGAGGUGCCCCCGCACCUGGAGAAGCAGAAGGGAGCCAUGUGGAAGCACUUGAAGGAGUACAAAGAGCACUACCCCCUGGAGCUCUACGAGGAGUAGGGGGGGGGGGGUCAAGGUAAAUAGAACAUGGUAGGGGGAGGGGCUUGUCUGAUGACACAGAGCCACACACAAAGGUGCCCGUAUAUUACAGGAUAUACCCGUUCUAAUUAAUUUUGAUAAUGUGUGCUAUUGAGCAGAGACAUGGCGGGUAAGUGCAGUGAUACAGUAAACACAAUAAAUACAAAAUAAAAUGCUUCAUGUUGGGACACAGGAACAGGUCUUUCAUGCUGUCGUUCAUGAACUUGCGCUAGAAAGAAAUGGCGCUAAAAUAUCAAUUACUGAAUGAGAGGGUUAAUUCAAGAGUUGAGUGCAUGAAAGUUGGCAUGAAAUCCAAAAACGGAUAUGGGAGUCCUUACCCACCCCUGCUACAGUAUACAUACGAUGUGCCAGAGUCCACACUCCUGUUCAGCAGAGACUCGGGGCGAUGAUCUCGGGUCAGACUCUCACCCUUCCAUUUGCUGACCUUGACCUUGACCUUGACCAGGCCAAGCUGAUCCCAGAACAGCAUUCAUCACCAAUACACAUUAAUGAAUAUAAGCAAAGGGGGUCUGUACACUGGUCCACAAACAGGCCUGUGCCUCAAGUGCCAAAUAUCCCCCUUUGAUUUGAUUUUUAAAAAAUAAUAUUUGUAUUAUUACAGUUGCUGUCAUUCAUUUUCAGUCAUUAAUUUAGGUGAAAUACAUUCUGUACAACAAGGCUGCCCAACCCUGUUCCAGGAGAUCUGUCAUCCGGUAUGUUCUCUCUCAAACCAUAAAACAGCUAGCUUCACUGUACCUCAUCCAGCAGCUAGAGAUCUCGUAGAGCUACUAGUUAGCAGAAUCGGGCCUGCCAAAUUAGGGUUGAAAUGAAAAACUGCAGGACGGGAACAAGGUUGGGCAGCCCUGUUGUACCAUAACUUGGUGUCACAAAACUGUUUUUCUAGGUUUGUGUACCCUUUUCUCACUGAGCACCUGUCAAUCAAAAGAGCUCAGCACAGCCCUGGUCCACAAAUACAAAGCAUUGAUAAAUGCAGACGCAGUUUGUGCAUCUUGAGUCGGGUAAACCUUAAAUCAAAGCUGCCAUUUUGCAGCAGUUUUGUUGCAUAACUGCUCAGCAUUUUAUCCAGCAUACUGUUACACAACAAAUAUCUGCAAUCAGACAUCAACGGUUUCCAGUGUUGGCCAAAUUGUUCUUCAUGGCUAAUGGCUUUACCAUCACUACUUUUAGCACCAUUACACAGAUUUGUACAAAAAUAAAAAUAAAUAAAUUA